AUGCAAUUUGUCUGCAAUUUGUCAACCCGGCUGGGAAACGCGCCCCAGACGCCCGGGCUGCCGCUGGCCCUUCCUGCUUCUUGGAUCCUGACUACUCAUGAACGAAUCCCAGCGCGAAGAGCCUGCAUAGACCAGAGCUCACAGCCAGAUGUCCCCGACCCCCGGAGACCUGGCUUUUUCCAAAACAACGAAUUUCCUUCCGUGUUUUCCGGGAAAGGAGCGGCCGCAGCAUCCGGGGGCCCUGAAUGCCAGACCUUUCCCCUCGCUGCUGGGGCAACCUGGAGUUCAAGCCUGACCUCUGCGGAACGAUUCUAA